AUGGGGAAGAACAGCAAAGUAAACCUUCACCUUGCUGCUGAGCUUGGGAAGACGCUCCUGGACCGCAACACCGAACUAGAAGCAUCUUUACAGCAAAUGUAUGCAACAAAUCAAGAGCAACUGCAGGAAAUAGAGUACCUGACAAAGCAAGUGGAGCUCUUACGUCAGAUGAACGAUCAGCACGCGAAAGUCUAUGAACAGCUGGAUGUGACAGCAAGGGAGCUCGAGGACACUAAUCAAAAACUAGUUGCAGAAAGUAGAGCUUCACAACAAAAGAUACUCAGCUUGACAGAGACUAUUGAAAAUCUGCAAACACACAUGGAUGACCUACAGCAACAAGUAGAAGAACUGAAGAAGCAGGGGCGAGGCCGGAUGAGCCACGAGAGGUCUGACCAGCCAAGAUCAAUGCACAGUUUCUCAUGUUUGAAGGAGCUUUACGACCUUCGCCAGUAUUUUGUUUAUGAUCAUGUGUUUGCAGAAAAGAUUGCUUCGAUGGAUAGUCAGCUAAGUCCUCUAGAAGAAGAAAAUGAGAACUUAAAAAAGGCAGUUACAGUUCUGCAAGCCCAACUUAACCUAGAAAAAGAGAGGAGGGUAACCAUGGAAGAGGAAUACAGUCUCAUGGUAAAAGAAAACCGUGACCUUGAGCAGAGGCUUGUUGAUACAGACUUAUUUCGAGCUCGUGCAGAGGAGUUGGAAGUGGAAGUAGCUGAAAUGCGACAAAUACUUCAGUCUGAAAACACAUUCCAUAAUGCUGAUAAAUUGGUGCCAGAAUCCUUUUUCAUUUCAUUCAAGGAAUCUUUAGACAGGGAGCUUGGUCAGAGCCCAGGAGAUGAUGGACUUCUGACUGUAUCAGAAUUUGAGAAGAAGGCACUGAAACGGAGCAGCAGCGACACUUUCCUAAGCAGUGCUGCAGGGGGAGACAUUCUAAGGGGCCAUGAAGAAACCUGUAUCAGGAGAGCUGAAGCCGUGAAGCAGAGGGGAAUCUCUGUACUUAAUGAAGUUGAUGCUCAGUAUAAUGCUCUGAAAGUGAAGUAUGAGGAACUUCUGAAGAAGUGUCAAAUGGAUGAAGAUUCUUUGAAACACAAGGCUGUGCAAACACUGAAGCAGUAUUCCAAAGACCUAAAUGUGGGGAAUACCCAGUAUGAUCUUUCAGCUAGCAACCAAGAAUUCACAAAUGUGGAGCUCUGUGACUCUCCCACAAAUGCUCUUCCUGAAUAUAAAGCACUCUUCAAGGAAAUUUUUAGCUGUAUCAGAAAAACAAAGGAAGAAAUAGAUGAACACAGAGCUAAGUACAAGUCCCUGUCCUCUCAGCCCUAA